UCCUGAAUCAGCAGUGCUUGGAAUUUCUUGCAAUGCUAGAUGUGAAACAACAGAAGGUAGUUCAAGAAAACAUGUCCUUGAAUAAAAGUGACCUUACAGAUUUUACAGGUCUUGAACUGGCAGUUCUCGGAGCCUGUACCUGCAGUACUUCUGGAGGGCAGCCUUGUCCCUGUGCUAAAAUGGCGGCUAAAACUCGAAAGCAACUUCUUCUUCUCAAGCAAGAGAUUGAAAGUCUGAAGAAGAGUAAAGAUGAAGCAUACAUAAUGGCAGAUGCCUUCAGAAUUGCAUUUGAGCAGCAGCUAAUGCAGAGGAAGGACCAAGCCCUGAGGCUUGCAGAAAUGAUAAAGAUUAAGAAGGAAACAAAAUUUAUGAACUGGAGACGUCUGAAAGACGAUGGACGUGUCAAGUUACAAGGGAAUAAGAACAGUCUGGGGCAAAACCUAUCCAGCCUGCUCGCAUCGGAUGUGGACUGUAGGAAGGUUGAGGAGCUAGACAAUCCUCAUGAAAUCCUGAAGAUGUUAAUAGAUUUGGUAAAUGACAAAGAGGAGGCUCUGGCUCAUCAAAGAAAGGUUAGUUACAUGCUAGCUCGCGCAAUGGAGACAAAAGAGGAUGUUUUGGAACAUGAUAGAGGAAAUGCAGGUACACUGGGGUGUCAUCAAUGUGAAGCCCAGGGGUCAUCGGGCCCAGGACACACCUGCUGCCAAAGCUUCCAUUCUCGAAACAGCAUCUUUUCAGUUCCCGGUGCAAAAACAUUCGAAAAUCCGGUUAAAAUGCUUCGAAAAUCACACUCCUGGCCAUCUGAGACUAUGCACCGCGAAGAAAAUAACCCAUGUGGAAAUGCAGACAAAACUGUAGUGGUGUCUAUAUAG